UUGGGUGAUCAGUUUGAGGCUGUGAAGAAAGCAUAUAGAGAAGCAAAUCUUCUUGGAGAUUUGAUCAAGGUAACACCAUCAUCAAAAGUAGUAGGAAACUUGGCUCAGUUCAUGGUACAGAACAAACUGUCUGCUGCAGAUGUUGAAGCAGGGGUAGAGAAUCUUAGCUUCCCCAAGUCUGUCAUAGAAUUUGUCCAAGGAUACUUGGGUGAGCCUUAUGGAGGAUUCAGUGAACCACUUCGAACAAAGAUGCUGAAGGGUUUGCCAACAGUAAAGGGACGUCCUGGAGCAACGAUGGCUCCUUUAGACUUCGCUGCAAUUAAAUCUAAACUCUCUGAAGAGCAUGGCCCACGUAUAACUGAGUAUGAUGUUCUGAGUUAUGCUAUGUAUCCUAAAGUAACUGAAGACUUUCUCUUCUUCCGCAACAAGUAUGGUCCUGUCGAUAAACUUGACACUCGCAUCUUCCUUACUGGCCCCAAGGUUGGUGAAGAGUUUGAGGUACAAAUUGAAAAAGGAAAAACUCUGCACAUUAAAACACUAGCUAUGGCUGAAGAUCUCAAUGUCAAUGGAGAACGGGAAGUGGUUUUUGAAUUGAAUGGUCAACUUCGAUCAGUAAUGGUUCGUGAUCAAGAAGCUGUAAAGGAUUUGCAUGUUCAUACAAAAGUAACUCCUGGUGUAAAAGGACAAGUAGGAGCCCCAAUGCCUGGCAGUGUAGUUGACAUCCGUGUGAAAGUGGGUGAUGAAGUGAAGAAGGGCUCUCCACUAGUAGUCCUCUCGGCCAUGAAAAUGGAGAUGGUUGUUCAGUCUCCAUGUGAUGGAGUUGUUAGUACUGUUGAUGUUACCAAAGACAUGAAAUUGGAAGGUGAUGAUUUGGUGCUCACUAUUGAUCCUAAGUGAGAACUUUUGUGAAGUUUCAUGUG